AUCGUGAUGUACGAGUAAAUUUAUUUACCCGGGGUAAAUUACAUCUAUAUUUCAUUAUAUCUUGGCCUCAAACAAUUCUGAAAAUCGCGAUUCUGCAAUUCCCUCUCAAAGUCAUGGCGAUGUUAUCUCGGCUUCGCCACUCCGCCAUUACCGCCCUUUCUCGUGGGAGUCUCGAUACCAUCUCUCCCAGCCGUCACCGUCUCUCCGGUCGCCGGAAUCCCAUUCUUUCAGGCGAUCAUUGUGAUGCUUCCCAGAAGACCGUGCCCCAUUUUUCUAUUCCACGCGCCCCAUUCUCCUCCGCCGCCUCCGGCCGGAAUAAUAAUAAUCCCAGACCCUUUUCAGGAUUUUUGGCUGGCUGGAGAUCCAGAGUCGCCGCCGACCCUCAGUUCCCGUUCAAAGUGGCGAUGGAACAGCUGGUCGGCGUCGGCGCCUGCGUCGCCGGCGACAUGGCCACACGCCCUAAUUUCGGCCUCGGCGAGCUCGAUUUCGUCUUCUCCACUCUAAUCGUCGGCUCCAUUCUCAAUUUCCUUCUGAUGUACCUCCUAGCUCCGACUCAAUCGUCCUCCGCCGCCUCCCGAUCUCCACCGUCGGUCUUCGCGGACUGCCCCCGGAGCCACAUGUUCGAGCCCGGAAAUUACGGCGUCCUCCGGCGCCUGGGCACGUUCGCUUACAAGGGGGCUCUGUUCGCCGCCGUCGGGUUCGGGGCAGGGCUGGUGGGGACCGCCGUUUCCAACGGGCUGAUCGGGAUAAGGCAGAAGACGGAGCCGGGGUUCGAGCCGCCGAACAGACAGCCUCCGACGGUUCUGAACGCCGCCACCUGGGCGGCUCACAUGGGAAUCAGCAGCAAUCUGAGGUACCAAGCGUUGAACGGAAUCGAAUUCUGGCUGGCGAAGCGGCGGCUCAGCCCGGUGGCGUUCAAGAGCUCGGUGGGGGUGCUAAGGUGUCUGAAUAACGUUGUUGGAGGGGUGUCGUUUGUGUUAUUGGCCAGGUUCACCGGCUCCCAACAGAUACACUCAACCCCAAACUAGUUUGUUUUUCUUUGUACUUCUAUGUUUUAAAACAAUGAUCUAAUGUCAUAAGAUGACUCAAAGGAAUAUUUCCUUGGAAAAAUUGAUGAUUCAUAUUUCUUUAAAUUUUUCUAGCUUCACUGCACCCUCAAUCCCUCUAAGAUCACCGAUUAGCUACAGUAGUCAUUGUAGUCAAUCCACGAUCUUAAGAGGGAGUAGGAGGGCUGGAGGUGCAAAGAGGCAGAGGGUUAGAAAGGUAGGAACUAUAGUUUUACCAGCGGAGUCUCAUAACCGGCUUGAGUCAUGCUAUGACAUUCAAAUCGAAUGUCAAAUGAAUAACGCUAUUAAAACUUAUCUUUUCAU